UUAUAUUGCCCCUUCGAUUUCCUUUCUGCCUUCUUUUUCUCUCCGCGACGCAACAACGCCAACGUUUUGGUUCCUUCCUUCCUUCCUUGCCUGCUUUCGUCUCCUCUCCUCUCCACGCCCGCCGAUCCCACAGGGAACGAUGGUCGACACCAGGCGGAGCGCCGCGGCCAAGCGCCCCUCGGACGACGACGACAAGGGCUCGCCGCCGCCGCCGUCCGACCAGGCGCCGGGGGCCGAGGCCCAGUCGUCGGGCGCCCGCAGGCCCGGCAAGCGCGCCAAGGCUACGGCGCCCGAGGAGGAUACCACCAAGACGGCCGCGCCGGCGACAGAUGCGGCCGAGGCGGCGGCUGAGGCGGCUAUCGCCACCGGUCCGCCGGUCGCACCGCCGGACACCACCGGCCUCCAGGCGCUCACCGGCGCCAUGGACAGGCUGGAGGCCUUCCUGAGGUCAGGGGAGGCGGCGUCGAAUUCGGACGGGCAUAAGCGUGGCGCCGCUGACAAAGAUUUAUCCGCAAUGUUGAAGACGGCCAAGGAUUUGUCUGCCAAGGCCACAUCCAACAAACGCCAGGGCGCACUGGGCAGCAGGCGCCAGGAGCCCUGGUGCAGGCUAAUCUCACAGUAUGCCACGGAUCCUUCCCUUCCUAUUCAUUCCUCCUAUUUUACUGUUGGUUAUGGAGCACAAUAUGAUUUGAGACUGGGCGAGUCAUCUACUAGCUCACUUGUUUGUAAACUGAAGCUUGCUACUAAGCGAGGUGCUCUACUUGAAAUACACGAGCCCAAAGUUGUUCGUGUAAAUGGCAAGGCUUUGGACAAGAAUGCUAAAGUUACCUUAAAUGGAGGGGAUGAAAUUGUCUUCAGUUCACCUUUGAGGCGUGCUUACAUAUUUCAGCAACACCAGCAGGAUAAAUCAAGCACUUCAGCGUUUUCCUCUACUUGCAGUAGUAUCCAUCAGGGGCAACAUUCACUUAUCAAAGAUAUUCAAGAUCAUCUGUCAUCUAAAGGACCCAAAUUACCAUCCUUUUACUUUGGUAAAAGCCGACCUCCAUUGACUCCAUUGACUCCAUUGAUGCCUAUUGGAUCAUCUGCGGAUCCAGAUAUAUUUGGUAGUUUCUGUAAAACAAGGGAGGACCAGUCUAACUCUGAAGAAAGUACACAGUCUGCCCGGUCUCAACUAUCAAAGGAGGAUCUAAAAAAUGCAACACAUGAUGCUAGUGACAUAUCUGAGUCAUUUGAUAAUUUUCCAUAUUAUCUAAGCGAGGAUACCAAAUGUGCUCUUCUGUCAUCAGCAUUUGUGCAUUUACAAUGCAAAGACUAUAUUGAGUUUACCAGACACAUUUCUUCUCUCGGUCAACGAGCAUUGCUAUCCGGUCCGGCAGGGACUGAGAUCUACCAACAAUAUCUGGUGAAGGCACUUGCAAAACAUUUCGGUGCAAGGUUGCUCACAGUCAAUUCUUCAAUGCUGUUCGGUGGGCAGACUUCCAAGGAAUUAGAGUCAUACAAAAAAGGUGAUAGAGUGAGGUACAUUGGUUCAUUACUGCCGACAAACGUUAUCCUUGACGGACAUAGUCCUCCAGAAUUUGGCUCGCUAGGUCAAAUAUGUCUUCCUUUCGAAGAAAAUAGAUCAUCAAAGGUUGGGGUAAGGUUUGAUGAACAAAUCCCAGGAGGUAUUGAUCUUGGAGGCAGUUGUGAAGUUGAUCAUGGCUUAUUUUGUUCAGUUGAUUCUUUAUGCCUCGACAGUCCAGGAUGGGAAAAUAGAUCCAAGCACCCAUUUGAUAUGAUCAUUCAGUUUAUCUCUGAAGAAAUACAGCAUGGUCCUAUGGUCCUAUUUCUGAAGGACACAGAAAAAAUAUGUGGGAAUAAUGAUUCCUAUUAUGGUCUGAAGAGCAAGCUUGAACAUUUCCCGGCAGGUGUCUUUAUUGUUGGUUCUCAUAUCCAGCCUGACAGUCGCAAAGAGAAGGCAAAUGCGGGGUCUCUUUUCCUUUCAAAGUUCCCUUAUAGCCAAGCAAUUCUUGACCUUGCAUUGCAGGACUUGGAUCGAGUACAUGAUAAAAGUAAGGAAAUGUCAAAGGGGAUGAGGCAUCUAACAAAGAUUUUCCCAAAUAAAGUGACGAUCCAACCACCACAAGAUGAAGUUGAGCUUUCACGGUGGAACCAGAUGUUAGAUCAAGAUAUCGAAAUUCUUAAAGCAAAUGAUAACACUUCAAAAAUACGCUCUUUUCUAACGCGGAUUGGCUUGGAAUGCUCUGAUCUUGAGGCAAUAUGUGUCAAGGAUCGCACCCUUACAAAUGAGUGUAUUGAUACAAUAGUUGGUUUUGCUUUGAGCCAUCAACUAAAGCACUUAACAGCUACAAACCCUGACCCUUCAAUUGAUUUGCAGUUUUUCCUAUCUAGUGAAAGUCUGAAGCAUGGAGUUGAUAUGUUGGAAAGUAUCCAGUCUGGCCCUAAGACCAGCAACAAAAGGAAGUCACUUAAGGACAUUGCUACGGAAAACGAAUUUGAAAAGAGGCUUCUUGCCGAUGUUAUACCUCCAGAUGAAAUAGGAGUUACAUUUGAGGACAUCGGAGCACUGGAAAGUGUCAAGGAAACUCUGAAGGAGUUAGUGAUGCUGCCCUUGCAAAGGCCUGAAUUGUUUUCCAAAGGACAACUUAUGAAGCCAUGUAAAGGAAUAUUACUUUUUGGUCCGCCUGGUACGGGGAAGACGAUGCUUGCGAAAUCUGUGGCAACAGAGGCUGGUGCUAAUUUCAUAAACAUAUCAAUGUCAAGUAUAUCCUCAAAGUGGUUUGGUGAAGGAGAGAAGUACGUGAAAGCUGUGUUUUCACUGGCAAGCAAAAUUGCUCCAAGUGUCAUUUUCGUAGAUGAGGUUGAUGGCAUGUUGGGUAGACGUGAGAACCCUGGAGAGCAUGAAGCCAUGCGCAAGAUGAAAAACGAGUUUAUGGUGAACUGGGAUGGGUUAAGAACAAAAGAUAAAGAACGCGUAUUAGUCCUUGCUGCGACUAAUAGGCCAUUUGACCUUGAUGAAGCUGUUAUUAGGAGGCUUCCAAGGAGGUUGAUGGUGAAUUUGCCUGAUGCAUCAAAUAGAAGAAAAAUUAUUAGCGUCAUACUAGCCAAAGAAGAUUUGGCAGAUGACCUUGAUCUUGAAGCCAUUGCUAAUUUGACGGAAGGAUACUCGGGCAGUGAUCUUAAGAAUCUUUGUGUGACUGCUGCUCAUCUUCCUAUUAGAGAGCUCCUUGAAAAGGAGAAAAAGGAGAGAGCUUUGGCAGAAGCAGAAAACAGACCAUUGCCCCAAUCGUGUUCUAGCAAUGAUGUCCGUGCCUUGAGAAUAAGUGAUUUCAAACAUGCACAUGAACAGGUUUGUGCAAGUGUAUCUUCUGAUUCAACGAAUAUGAAUGAGCUUGUUCAGUGGAAUGAUCUCUACGGAGAAGGUGGGUCGAGGAAAACGACAACGCUAAGCUACUUUAUGUAGCGAUGUUGAGAGCUUGUACAUACAUGAUAAACCUUAGCACAGAGCAAUGGCUGCGAUUGGAGGGGGGCUACAGUAAAAAGAAGUGUAGGCAUCUGCUGCUAGUCAUCAGAUCAAGAAGGGACCGUCAUAGUGAGAGCAACGGAGGGAUGCAAAUCUGGUUGAUGCCUUGUGGCAGGUCAACAACAGCACAGCUGACAUGGCCUGCUCCAGCGCAUCACCAUCCAAAGGAGAUAGAUUUGUAUUUGUAGCACCAUCAUGCUCGGGUCAGGGCCGGUUCAUGCCGGCCAUCGUUUUUCGUCGGUUAUUAUUGAGAAAAUCUUUGUUUAGAUUGCAAGUUGUAGAGCCUGUGCAAGUGUACAGUAUGAAUGAGCAUCAGGUCAGGUCAAUUAACUUGUUAUUGUGGUCAGUUCAGGGAAAUAUUCAUUUUAUUAACCAGAUUAAUUUAUUACUUGGUGUCGUAA